CGCAAAGGGGCCUUUCUAGGGUCUUGAACGUGGCAGUUAUACACAAACAUGGCGGCCAGAUGAGAGCUUAAAGUUAUUUUCCGCGUAUGUAUGUUGAAAAAUACAAUUUUAACCCACAUAUAUUUGUCUUUGAUAAAACCGAUUUGCAAUUUAGUUGCAAGUAACUUUAUAGGGAACUGAGAAUGGCUGCAUGGGCUGGAUUUUCAGAGGAAGAACUGCAAAGAUUGAAACACAACGACGACCUUAUAAACCAGGCUGUGUCAGUCACAUUGGGUCGUGGACGGAGAGCCGCUCCGACUAACCGGAGCAGACAGCAGCUGCAGCGGGAAAGGGCACUGCACCUGGCAGCCAAACAAAGAGAGGGCAGCCACUCUCUUCCACCCGACCAACAGCUUACCAAGCCCCCAGGCCCACCUGCUGUCACCCUUCCUGCUUCUGUCAGAUCACAGAACGAGUCCAACCCGUUGGAGACGCAGCUGGUUAAACAUGAAGCAGCACCUGUUAAACACGACCCAGAGUCACCUGCAGAGUCUGCACCACCAGCAGUCAUCAAGGAGCUGGGCAAAGAGGAAGUGGAAUUGCGAGAGAAGAACCGUCUGCAGCAGUUGCAGUGGGAGCAACGGAUAAUGGAAGAGAAGAAUAAGAAAAGAAAAGCUCUCCUUACAAAAACCAUUGCUGAAAAGUCCAAACAGACACAGGCUGAGACUGUGAAACUGAAGAAGAUCCAGAGAGAACUUCAGUUACUAGACGAUUCUGUGUCCAGCGACAUUGGGAUUCUCAGAAAACUGAUAGAGCAAUCCAGCAUGGAUUAUUCCCAGGCAUGGAAGCGCUUUGAGAAAGCAGAGGCUGAGUAUGUUGCCGCUAAGAUGGACUUGCACAGGAAAACGGAAGUAAAAGAGCAGCUGACAGAGCACCUAUGUGCAAUCAUCCAACAGAAUGAGCUGCGCAAGGCCUGCAAACUGGAGGAGUUGAUGCUUCAGCUGGAACUUAAUGCUGAGGAAGUCCCCAGCCCAGAGGAAACAGAUCUAGAGGACAAAGAGAGGGAGGUCAACUCCCAGCCUGUUACUGAAAACGGUCCUGUAGCAGACACGGAGGGGUGUACAGAGGUGGACGGCUCAAGUAUGAGCAAAGACAGUUCCAUUACAGAACCAAAGAUCAGCCAAGACAAUCAGGAGAGCAAAGCAACAGAUGUUUCUGCAGAUGUGCUAAGCUAGCUUCCAAACAUCAUCAAUUUAAUAGAGGCUGUAUGACGGUUUACAAAACACUUGCUACCAGCUUUAGAAAUUGAGAGAAUUUGG